AGUUAGUCGUUGACAAAAGCUGCUCCUCCUUACUGAACAUUAUCACCCACCUGUAAUCUCCUCUUCUACCCUGGUUUGACUCAGUAAAGAAAUGCUGCAUAUUUCAACUUUAAUGCUGUUUGGGACUGGUUUUCUGACAGUUUUGUGUCCAGUGGUCAGUAUAGAGGUCCUGCCAGGAGAAAAUGUUACUAUAUGGUGUGAAAACAACAACUAUGGUGGUACAGAAUUGUGCUGGUUUAAGCAAGCACCUUAUGCUGUACCAAUAGCAAUUUUGUGCAAGCUACACACGGAUAGUCUUAAACGUUUCGAGCCACGAUAUUUUGCUAAUUUCACAAUGAAUCAGAUGAUCAUGGAUCUGUACAGUAAAUCCACCUCUUUAACAGUACUGGAUGUAAGAGUUUCUGAUUCUGGCUUCUACUUUUGUGGAGCUGUGGAUUAUGAAAUGAAAUUUGGCAAUGGAACCAGACUUGAAGUGAAAGAUAAGAAUGAUAUGUCAGGAAAAAAUGACACACAAACCUUGAAAAAUGACCAUAAUAAAUCCUCUAUGUCUGCUGAUGAUUGUUCUGGAAACAUCUUUUUAAUCCUGACAUUCAUAUUUGGUGGAUUUAUUAUUUUUACCUUUAAUAUUCUGCUCAUUUUGGUUAUUAUUAGAAAACACAGACGAGUGAAACAGAGAAAAGCUGCUCAUGACCAAGAACAACAGCAAGAUUACAAGGAGCAGGACUCUGAGUCAGUGGAGUAUUCUGCUGUACAUUUCUCAAGAAGAGAAAGACAAACUAAUACAAUAGUCAUGUAUGAGAUGUAUACUGAUGCCACAUAAUGCAUAACUCACUAAAUGCAGAUUUUAUUCAUAAAAUAUUUUUCAGAAAGAACACUUCAAUGUACUGAUAAUAUGUGUUUUGAUACUCUGUUUGGAUCAUUCUGAUAACAACCAUAA